AUGCUGGAGUUCUCGCCUGUCAUAACUGUGUCCUUUGAAGUCAAGGGUACAUUUUUGUUCAUUUCCAUUCUGCAGUUUAUUGCAGGAAUACUAACCAAUGCCUUCAUUGUUUUGGUGAAUUUGGGGGAUGUGUGGAGGAGGCAACCACUGAACAACUCUGACCUUGUCCUUCUGUGCCUAAGUUUCACGCGGCUUUUCCUACAUGGGCUGCUGUUUCUGGACGCCAUCCAGCUGAUCUACUUCCAGCAGAUGAAAGACCCACUGAAUCUCAACUAUCAAAUCAUCCUCAUGCUCUGGAUGAUCACAAAGCUAAUUGGUCUCUGGUUUUCCACUUGCCUCAGUCUCCUCUAUUGCUCCAAGAUUUCCCGGUUUUCUCACCCCUUCCUGAUUAGCUUGGCCCUCUGGAUCUCCAGGAAAAUCCAGAAAAUGCUUCUGGGCACUCUUUUCUUCUCCUUUGUCUGUGCUGCUUCCUGUUUGGGGUGUUACUUUACUCAACCUGUUCACAUCACACCUGCACAAUUCAUGAAUAACAGCACGGAACUCAAAUUGCAAAUUGCAAAACUGAAUUUCUUUUAUUCCUUCAUCUACUGCAGCCUGGGGUCCAUCCUUCCUUUUCUAAUUUUUCUCUUUUCUUCUGGCAUGCUGAUUGUGUCCCUGGUGAAACACUGGAUGACAAUGAAGGCCAUAAGUAAAGACACUAGGGACCCAAGCCUGGAGGCACACAUUAAGGCACUCAAAUCUCUUGUCUCCUUUCUCUGUUUUUUUGUGGUGUCCUACUGUACUGCCUUUGCAUCUGUUCCUCUGCUGAUGGUGUGGCACAAUAAAAUCGGGGUGAUGGUCUGUGUGGGGAUAAUGGCAACUUGUCCUUUAGGACAUGCAAUAAUCUUGAUUUCAGGCAAUCUGAAGCUGAGGAGAGCAGUGAAAACCAUUUUUCUUUGGGUAUGGAACAACCAAAAGGUAAGGGCAGACCACAAGGCAAAUGCCAGAGUACAAGACCUCUGUUGA